AUGUUUUCUCCUGGAGCCUUGAUUUCCAUCUUCCCCUACUCGCGGGCGAUGGUCAAGGAUUUCCAUAUGGAUAUCGGCAAGAAUAUUUCCUUUUAUGAUGGGAUUCUGAUUUUGGCAUUCUCGCUCGCUGAGGCGCUGACCGGCAUUGAUGGCCCGAGCUUCUGGGUCGCUCUCGCUGGUCGAGCCCUUGAUGGAGCUCUUAAUGGCAAUGUUGCAGUAAUCCAGACAGUGGUUGGCGAGCUUGUGAAACGACUCGAGCAUGAACCCCGAGCAUAUGCCAUCAUGCCGUUUAUUUGGUCAAUUGAGACAAUCGUUGGCCCAGCGAUUGGAGGCUUGCUUGAAGGGUUUCCAUACCUGUUUCCAGCUCAUGGUCCUUUUGGGAGACUAUCCUACCUUUUACCUCACAUGGAGACCCAUCCAGAAAUGCAACCUGACAAGGUUCAUGGAAAUUUCGACCACACAGCGGAACAGCCACUCCUGGUCACAUCUGAUGCAACUGCCAAUGCAGGUGUAGACCUGCGAGUGGAGACUUACGGGACCUUCAAUCAGACCCAUCCGCGUAAUGACGAGAACUGGAAUUUCUAA